UGAUAAAAUUGAACUUCCGGUAAAAACGUAAAAAUCAGUAAAAAUUCAGAGAAAAUGGAAGAAGAAGAUGCAAGAAGGUUGCGAUCGAAUGCGUUCUCUAGAAAGUCUACAGAUGAUGAGAAUUCCAACUCGAAUGACGGAAGACACGAAGAAUCAUCGAGUAAACACCUGAGAAUGUUACAAUUUAAAAAUCCAGGAAAAUUCAUGGAAGAUUUUGAUCCAGAAAGAAGUGCUCGGGAGAUGAGGAAGAUGAAUAGACGUAUCUACAGAGAAAACAUUAAGAAGAACCAGGUGUAUGAUGAGAACGGGAUCCUGUUGGACAACAGCCAGGACCUGUGUGACUGCCUGGACCUGUCCUGUAAGGGCUGCCACUUCCCGUGCCCCAAAUGUGGCUCCCAAAAGUGUGGCGCUGAGUGUCGAUGUGGCAGGAAGUGGAUCUACGAACAUGUGGAAGUUGAAGGGACAAAUCUGAUACUGAAAUGGCCGCAGCUUGAAAAUCAGAACAAGUGGUGAUGUACACAAAGCUCUGAACCUCAAGUCAAAAUGGCAGCUAGAAGGACGCAAAGAAAGCUGGCGCUCUUUGAAAUGGCUCACAAAUUGAAGAUCUGUUGAGAGGAAUUUUAUCUACAGAGGAGUACAGGAAUCACUUUAAGGUAGAUGCCUGAUGUGAAUUUUCAUGCAUUUGUUUUUGUGAACAAUGUAUUUCAAAAUGGCCACUGGUUGUACAAUGUCUGUAACAUUUGAAGCAUUCUUCAAUACAAUCAUAAAUCAACAUCA